UUGAAAUAUGAUAUAACUUUCCAUUAUCAUAUUAGCUCCUCGUUUGAAGCCUAUCAGCAACCCGCAUGUUUUAACAAAUAUAAAAAUUAAAAAAGUCACUCCACGGCUCCUACGAACCCACGGCUCACUCAUUCUCCCUGCAGCCCGCACCUCCGAACCCCACAACCACCACCGACUAAUCACCGUCGCCGGCGACCUCUUUUCGCCACCCUUCAAUCACUCCAUCACCUCCAAUUCACCUCUUUUCCCCAAUCACACCCUUUGCAUAAACCCUAACUUUCUCAAUUGAAAUAGGGGCUUUUGAUUUCAUUCACAUUGAAGCGCACUAAGAGUUCUCCAUUGAAGCGCACUCAGAGUUCUCCAUUGAAGCCGCCUCUCAAUUUCAGUUUCUUUUUCUUCAAUUUUCAAUUGAUUUCUGCAUUUCAUCUCUCUUCCAUUCUUUCUACCCCGAUUCAAGGUCUCAAAUAUAUUUCUCUUCCCCACUUUUUGAAUUUCAGAAGCAAUUAAUUCCUUAUUUUGAUAUUCUCUUCAUUCGGAAGUAUUACAAUAUAAUUGCGUGAGGAUUUUAUAUUUUUCUUGAUAAUAUCGGUACUACAAUGAGAGGAAAUUUCAGUUGUUGCAAGUUAGUUUGUGGUGCAAUGGUUCCUUUGGAUUUGUUGUUCUACUUGAUAAUUCAAUUUUCUUCACGAUUUAAAAUCAAUUUUGUUUAAACAUGUUUCAUUUAAAAUUUCAAAUUACCUUCAAUUAUUAGAUUCUAUAGUGAUUUCGAAGUAUAUCGGCUGAUUUGUUGAUUGUUGCUGCUUUCUUUCUUAUUCGGAUUGAUCAGUAUUAUAACAAGAUUUGCAAGCGGGAGAUUGUUAAUAUUAUUGCUGAAGAAUUAAGGUUGAUUAUCGAUUUUUCUGAAUUUACUUCGGUUUGAAUUAUUGAUGUUCAAUUUCUGCGAAUUGUAUCGGCUGUUUUGUUGAUUGUUGCUGCUUUAAUAUUGGCCUGUUAAGAGUCUGGAUUAUUGAUUCUUGUUUGUUUUCCUCUUAUUUUAUGCUUUUAUUAUUAUACAGUAUUAUUAUUAUUUGAUAGAAAGGAUUAAUUUGUGAACAGGAGAUGAUGAUAUUUUGUCCUAAAUCCGGAAAAUCAAUUAGAAAGUCCGAAACUGGAUCAAAGGGGUUAGAAUCUAGACUCCUGACUGAAUUUGAUGAAAUUCGGAAAAUCGGGAGCGGUGGAUUUGGCGUGGUUGUUAGAUGCAUCAAUAAAUUGGAUAGGAAGGAAUAUGCAGUAAAAAAGAUAAUCCUGGAUGCUGGUGAAGCUUGCUAUGACAUUGUCAUAAAUGAGGUUCUCUGUUUAGCAGAGAUAUCUCACAAUAAUAUUCUGCCUGGAUAGAACCCUCAAUUGUGGGUUUGUAUGAGGAUUCUGACGAAUCCAUUGAAGCUGAAGAUGAAGCAGAGGCUCCUUGUUUGUACAUCCAAUUAGAAUUGUGUAAUACAUCCUUAGACAAGAUUCUCAAGGAAAAAAAAAUGGAGGUUGAAGAGUUAUGGAGUAUGUUUAAGCAAAUUGUUAGUGGUUUGGACCACAUUCACUCAAAAAAGAUUAGGCACGGUGAUCUCAAACCUUCCAAUGUUUUUCUUAAAGGCAAUGUGGUCAAAAUUGGUGAUUUUGGACUAGCAUGUUCCUUAAAAGAAGCUACAAACUUUCCUAUUGCAAGAGGCAUAUACACCGCACCCGAACUGAAAUCGCCAGAAAAGCCAUUCACUCUAUAUUCUGAUAUGUUCAGUUUAGGUAUGAUUCUGUUAGAAAUGUUGGUUGGAUUUGAGUUUGGCACAAGCCAAGAAAAAUUUGAAGUUCUCGGAGAUCCUGAAAAGAGAACUGAAUACUUGGUGAAAGCAUGUUUGGAUGGUUUUAAGGAAGAUAUAAUCAGAAGUCUACUUGAAGAGGAUUUUAAUGAAAGGCCUGACACUUCAAUGAUUCUUGAGCUUUUGAAGGAAGACACCUAGGAUGAAAUCUUGGUGGUUGUGGAUAGAUGCAACGUACCUCAGUGAUUCUCUCCUUUUUGGCAUUUGAUGAUAUGGAAUGUAUAGAGAAGACUAAUCACACCAUCACAAUAGUCGUCAUUCUUUAGAACUGUUGUUGGGUGUCAUAUUGUUUUUGUACCUAAGCUAGAUACUUCGCAUAUAAUAGCAAUUUGUCUACCUAAGCUAGAUACUUCGUAUAUAAUAGCAAUUUGUCUACCUAAGCUAGAUACUUCGUAUAUAAUAGCAAUUUGUCACUAUGUUAUUUAGCAAGGCCACUGUAGCUCUUCAUCACAAUAUUGCUGGUAAAUGACCAUAUAGCAGCCUUCUCUCCAAAAAGAGAAAGAGAAAGAGGUAAUGUGUACAGAUAUGUGACAUUGAAGAUUGCAAUGUGUGGAAUUGUGGAUGCUAAAUACCUCUUAUGAAUCUUUCUCUUUGAACUAUUUUCAAGGAAUGCAAAUGUUGAUUUACA